AUGGCUCGUCAAAUUCAACUGUCUGAAGAGGUUGCCAAGCAAGUUGAAACCUUGUCUGUUGAAAACAGAUUGCAAGCUCCAAAGGAAGAGGCUCAUAGAACUAAGUCGCCGAAAAAGGCCGCUGGCGCCGCCAAAAAGUUCAUCCGGAACAGAUUCAAACUCUUUGAAGAAGUCAAAGCUCAACAGAAUACCGAAAUUUCUGCCAAGGAAAGAGUCUCUAUCAAGCUCACCUUGAAGGAUGGGACUGGAAAGGAGGAGAGACAGGACAUUUCCAGAGUCAAUAGCGAGUUGUGGGACUUGGAACAUCCAUUUGAGGGCGAUGCCACCCUUGAGUUCUUUGACUCCCUAGACGGGAAGGCCAUUUUCUGGCACUUCUCCACCCACAUAUUGGGCGAAGCCUUUGUUGGAGAUGUUCAGCUACAACAAGUACAAGCAGUACCUCAUCCUGUCCAAGAUUCCCAACGACACCUCAAGUCCUUGGAGAAGGCUGCUUCUAAAGACCACCGAUUUGACGAGGUGAUUACUCCAGACAUGUACAACUCUAAGUUGUGUGAGGUCUCUGGCCACCGGGCUAACUACAAAAACGACGUGUUCGUUUUCGAUGGUGAAAAGGAGACGUUUGGGUUGAAGCCAAUGAACUGUCCGGGAUACUGCUCGAUGUUUAAGGACAGAAAGAGAUCCUACAGACCGGAGAAGUAUGUUGGCGAGUUAUCCACCAGGGACAACGCCGAGAGUCAAUUGGAGCGCUGUUGGAACAAGCGGGGUGGUAAGUGGAGCAUCAACCCAGGUGAUGGGGCAUUCUAUGAUCCUAAAAUUGGCAUCCUGAUCUCCGACGCCUUGAAGGGAUGGCACCAAUGUGCCACCAUCCAAUUGGAUUUCCGGUUGCCGAACCAAUUUGAGUUGGAAUACACCCCACAGGAAUCUCUUGCUGGUACCACCAAACCAGUUAUGGUCCACCGUGCCAUUUUGGGUUCGGUCGAAAGAAUGACCACCAUUUUAGCCGAGCACUUUGCCAGAAAGUGGCCGUUCUGGUUGUCCCCAAGACAAGUUUUGGUUGUGCCAGCUGGUGUUGGGUACUUUGAGUACGCCGAGACUGUCAACGCCAAGUUGAAGGCCGCCGGUUUCCGCUCCGACGUCGAUGUUUCUAAUAACACCUUACAGAAGAAGGUCAGAAAUAGCCAGGUGUCCAAGCACAAUUUCGUCUUUAUUGUCGGCACGGAGGAGUAG